CUUCAGGUCAUUAGAUCAGGCAUGAAGCUGGAAAACCAGACCAGAGUCCAGGAGUUUAUUCUCCUUGGUUUCCCUACUGCCAUAGAAUUUCAAAUACUGCUCUUUGUAAUAUUCCUUGUUAUUUACAUCCUGACCCUCCUCGAGAACAUUGUGAUCAUCACUCUGAUCAGGACAAACAGCCAUCUCCAAAAACCUAUGUACUUUUUCCUUAGCCACCUGUCUUUCCUGGAGACCUGGUACAUUUCUGUGACUGUUCCCAAGCUUCUGGUUAACUUCCUAGCAAAGAACAAAAGCAUUUCCUUUGAAGGCUGCAUGGCCCAGCUCUACUUUUUCAUAUCCCUAGUCUGCACCGAGUGUGUCCUUUUGGCUGUCAUGGCUUAUGAUCGCUACAUCGCCAUCUGCAACCCACUGCGCUACCCAGUCAUUAUGAAUUCCCGGCUCUGUUUGCAGUUAGCUGUGGGAUCUUGGCUUGCUGGGUUCCUAAUCUCAAUGCUGAAAGUCUUCUUCAUUUCCCGCUUGAGUUUCUGUGGACCCAACAUCAUCAACCAUUUCUUCUGUGACAUCUCACCUUUGCUGAACCUCUCCUGCACAGACCGAACUGUGGCUGAGAUGGUGGACUUUGUAUUUGCCCUUCUUAUCCUCAUAAUCCCACUGUCUGUCACUAUUGGCUCCUAUGUGUGCAUAAUAGGCACCAUUUUGCGUAUCCCCACAGCCAAGGGGAAAAGAAAAGCCUUUUCCACCUGUGCCUCACACCUCACUGUGGUUAUUAUUUUCUACUCAGCCACUCUCUUCAUGUAUGCCCGACCAAGAAGAAUCCAUUCUUUUAAUCUCAAUAAGCUCGUGUCCAUUGUAUACACUAUUGUCACCCCCAUGUUGAAUCCAUGCAUUUACUGCCUCAGGAAUCAAGAUGUGAAGGAAGCCAUGAGAAAGAUAUUUUGUAGCAGGAAUGAUGAAUCUGCGAUUACCACUAGUGACCAUUAG